AUGUCUGGAGCUUUUGCGCAAAAUAGCUCUAGAUACGUAAUCGCUCAUGAAGCAACAAGUGCCAAGCGUCUUUUAGACGAGAAUGAACAUAUCAUCGAGUUAGUUUCUGACCUUGCUAGAAAAGGUCGAUUCCGUGAAGCGGUUCAGCUCCAGGCCGUUCUUCAACGUAAUUUAGUGUAUCUUGUGUCGUCAGUUGAUCAGAAUAACUUGGAUUCAAAGCAGUCAGUCGAUACUGACACUGUUGCUAAAUAAGUAUUCUUUUAAUCCGUGUGAUCUACUUUAAGCUGAAGCUGUUCGGCUUCUGUUACUUUUGCCACACGAUCUUUCAUAUUGAUGAAAGUUUGUACGACCUCGCGUCCUACUGAUAUUACUGUUCAUCAUUUCUUUCAAAUCUUCCUUCAAGACAACCUUUAUUUUAAUUCAUUCUUUCGAAAUAAUAAGAACUCUUCAUUCUCUUACAGUUAAAUAUUGCUCUUAGAAAUGAUGUAUAUAUCAAGUUGAUCCAGGUAUCGCAAUCAUUACUUUGUUAUUUCAAAUCAUUGAUUGAAAAGUAUUGUACUUGUGUUUAGUUUAUUUUUAUUGACUCCACCGGGUUAACACCAGUUUGUAAAUAGUCAUGUACAUAUGUGUAUAUUUGUGUAAUAGUUUUAGCUGUUACUCUGUCUAAUAUCAGUGGCAGAUUGACUUAAUAAAUAAUUAUUUCUUGAA